AAUGUGCCUCCAGUGUGUGGCAUAUAGCUUUUUGAAAUGACGAUUGUAUUAUAAUUAGAGCUAUGUUUCAUCAGUUGUACUUUUGGCACCUUUUUCCGUUCCUCCUCUUUUUUUCUUCUCCGUGAAAGAAGCCGGAGUGUACAUUUAUUCUUUCUGUGUAAAUAGGAUGCAUUCGUACAAUGGUAUUUCGUGAUCAGCGAUAACAGUAGCCACGCGUUAGCGUGCAAAAAUAAUGUCUGUGCCUCGAAGAGACCAGUUGAGGGGCGGUGGUAUGCAAAUGAUAGAUACACAGAAUAUGUCCAAUUCUGUAAUUGAAAGAAACAAAAGUAUUAUAACAAAAUUUCCAUUUCCCCUCUACAAUAGAUUUCAUCAAAAUUGGCGUGUAGAUCCUGAAAUGUCGAGACAUUAUUGGACCGCAUCUUUCUUCUUACCGGUAGGAUCGAUUUUUAUUCUUGGAGUAGUCGUUUUGCUGAUGGUAUUGUUCAAACGAUGUCCUCAUACAGUAGCCGCGAUUGUUGCCGCAAUCCUCGCUAUCAUUAUCAUAUUAACAGCUAUAGUAUCGCUUAAUCAUGAGCCAAUUUACACUUAACAUGUUUAAGCCAAAUAAUGAUCGACUGUUAUAUUGAAUAAAUCUUUCUCUUUUAUAUACAUUAAACUGUGAGAGUACAGAACUGAUCGAAUAUUUACAAAUUUUGUAACAAUUGUAUACAUUGAAUAAAUAGAUAUGUUACUUACU